CACAACAUUUCAUUGUCUGGAAAAAAUCCUUUAUUGUGACAUUAUAUAAACAUCAUGAACCUAUUUUGCAUAAUACACUUACUGAAUGGUCUUGCGAACCAUGUGCCGUCUUUUUCUCAGCCUUUAAUUGCUGCAGGGUCCCCCCACCCACCUUGGUUGGAAGGAAGUGACCUGAGUGGUGGGAGAGCACCGAGAACAGCAUACUUGUUAAAGCAGAGCAGCCAUGGUGAUGAUUAGUUCCACUGUUUUUUCUUUAUUCUUAUUUUCUUUCUUUACAUUUCAAUCUACACCUCAAAGGCAUGAUAAAAUUAUAGUGCAAGUGAAAUAUGCAAGGCAUCCAGUACGGAGAACAGAGGGACAGCCACUGACUCUCAGGUGCACAGCAGAGUAUGACGAAGAGCACUGUGGAAGCAUCUCGGUCAUUUGGUGUAUUUCAGAGUCAGAAAAUCCAUGCCAGCCCCUUACUGACGUUAAUAGAUACUUGAUCCAUUCCAAUGAGAGUGAAAUCAGCAGGGAAACCGUGUUCAGGCAACAAGAUGCUUUUGUAAAGUUCUUGCAGCUAACUCUCAACGACACUGGCUUAUAUCAGUGUAAAGCCAUAUGUCAGAGCACUGGGGUCAUAGCUAUGGGACAUCUCAUCAAUGUCACUGUAACAGGUCAGAAGAUUUUUAAUCAGACCGACAGAUGCAGUGUGGAUAUUUUUCUUCUGACCAUCAGCCUCUUCAGCCUUUUAUGGAUUCAUAAAAUGGGCCUGUAUUGGUGAGACGAACAGUUUUGUUUCGUUUUUUUGUUUUCUUAACUGCUGGCAAAAUUUCUCCCAAAUGUAACUGUUAUUUAGUGUGCAUAUUUAAAGCAAAUGACAAAACAACACAAUAACCCAAGAUCAUCCGAUAUUUGCAAACCUUUAAUAACUCAAAUAAAUCAAAAUGCAAAUAUUUUAACAAAAUGUCUAAAUGCUUUGGCUAAAUAACAUUUAGAAAUCAGUUUUUGGUGGAAUAACCCCGAUUUGCAAUUACAGCUUUUGUGUGUUUUGGGUCUCCACCAGUUUUUCACAUUGCUGUUGGGUAAUGUUAUACCACUCUUAUUGCAAAAAAGCAAACAGCUCAGCUUUGCUUGAUGGUUUGUGACCAUCCAUCUUCAUCUUGAUAAAAUUCCAAAAGUUUAGUUUUCUGGAGUAAAUUUUCUCUUCAGCAGUUUGUCCAAAACUGAAAUUAGCCCAUCUGGUACCUACACCGUUGCCACCUUCUUUCUUCCUUCGGCUGUUUGAUGUAAACAUUAACUGAAGCUUAUGUUCUGUAUCUGCAUUUCACCGCUGCCGCAACAUUAGCUGAUAAGAUAACAGCAUGAAUACUUGUGUUUCUAAUAAAAAAAAAAAGGAUACAUGUAUGCAUUAACAGUAUGUACGUAUGUAUACUGCCACUGUUCUUAUAUUCACUUUCUGAAAACCUUUCUCCAAAAUCUGUAUAUUUGUGCGUGUGAACUCAUAUAUACACACACAUACUGAGAUGUGUGUGUGUGU